AUGCCCAGUGUUGCUGAUAAAGACGAUGAUGAAAACAUCAUCAAGGACAACUGCAACGACGACGACGACGAUGAUGAUAAGAAGAAGAAAGGUUUGAAAGCUAAGCUCUCAGCCAGAUACGUGCCUCACAUCAUGUUCGAGAUCACCAGCGAUGAUGGAUUCAGGAUACUGUCAGACUCUCUUAAUCGUGCCUGGAAAGCUGUGACGGAUAAAGUGAAAGAAGUUAGGUCUAUGGCGGGUCUCAAGCCUGUCUCUUAUGCAGGGCUAACGGGUCUGUACAUGAGUGGUCUCGACCAGCCCACCUUCACCUACCUGCUGGAACAGAUGCCAGAGUGCAGGAACCUGAAGAACUAUCAGUUCAGACAUCAUAAGGAUCGAUGGAGGGCGGAUGAGGAAGAACUGAUAGAGAACAAACAUGGCUGUGCCAGAUGUGAACCGUUCACACGAACCAAGCAUAAGAACGACAUGUUCUCAUUUCUCCUCUCAACUUAUCGAAUCCCUCCAGCCUACGACCCAGUUCUUAGCAAAAGUGAUGAAAACUUGACUGCAAACAUUGCUCAAAGGCGCAGUCUGGAACUGCCCAUGGCCAUGAGGUUCCGACAGCUGAAGUCCCUGACGAGGGAGAUCGUGGGAGUGUACAGGUCCUCCAUUCAUGGCAGGGGUCUCUUCUGUAAGAAGGACAUUGACGCUGGCGAGAUGAUCAUCGAGUACUCCGGAGAGGUGAUCAGGGCAGGCCUGACAGACAAACGUGAGAAGAUGUACGAAGGCCGGGGCAUAGGGUGUUACAUGUUUCGCAAGGAUCUCGACCACGUCAUCGACUCGACCGUCAUGGGCAAUGCAUCGAGGUUCAUCAACCACUCCUGUGAACCAAACUGCUACUCGAAAGUUAUCCAUGUGGACAAUCGAAAGCACAUAGUGAUCUUUGCCCAGCGAGAUAUCAAGCGAGGGGAGGAGCUUACCUACGACUACAAGUUCCCCAUCGAAGAAGUUAAAAUACCCUGCUUGUGUGGCUCGAGAAAGUGCAGAAAAUACCUUAACUGA